CAUUGUGGGAAGUAGAGGGUCUCGGUUGGUUCUGUGGUGGCGUCGGUUGUGCGGGGAAGAUGCCGGAGCGAGACAGUGAACCGUUCUCCAACCCUCUGGCCCCAGAUGGCCAUGAGGUGGAUGAUUCCCACUCCUUCAAUCAGUCCAAGCUGACCAAUGAAGACUUCCGAAAGCUUCUUAUGACCCCGCGGGCUGCGCCAACAUCCGCGCCCCCCUCCAAAUCUCGCCAUCAUGAGAUGCCCCGGGAGUACAAUGAAGAUGAAGAUCCAGCUGCUCGCAGGAGGAAGAAGAAGAGCUAUUAUGCAAAGCUGCGGCAGCAGGAGAUUGAACGAGAGAGGGAGCUGGCUGAGAAAUACAGGGAUCGAGCCAAGGAGAGAAGAGACGGAGUCAACAAAGACUACGAGGAAACGGAGCUUAUUAGCACGACUGCCAACUACAGGGCAGUGGGACCCACUGCAGAAGCGGAUAAGUCAGCGGCUGAGAAAAGGCGACAGCUGAUCCAGGAAUCCAAGUUCUUGGGUGGUGACAUGGAGCACACUCACUUGGUGAAGGGUCUGGAUUUUGCACUGCUGCAGAAGGUGCGUGCUGAGAUUGCCAGCAAAGAGAAGGAAGAGGAGGAGCUGAUGGAGAAACCCCAGAAGGAAACCAAAAAAGAUGAAGAUCCUGAAAAUAAAAUAGAAUUCAAGACUCGUUUGGGUCGGAACAUCUACCGCAUACUGUUCAAGACAAAGGCAUAUGAGCGGAACGAGCUGUACCUGCCGGGGCGGAUGGCCUAUGUAGUCGAUCUGGAUGACGAGUACGCAGACACAGAUAUCCCAACCACCCUGAUCCGGAGCAAAGCUGACUGCCCCACCAUGGAGGCACAGACCACACUGACCACAAACGACAUUGUCAUCAGCAAGCUGACUCAGAUCCUCUCCUACCUGAGGCAGGGGACCCGCAACAAGAAGCUCAAGAAGAAGGACAAAGGAAAGCUGGAUGAGAAGAAACCCCCUGAGGCUGAUAUGAAUAUCUUUGAAGAUAUUGGUGACUACGUGCCAUCCGCGGCGAAGGUGCCACGGGAGAAGGAGCGAGAGAGGUACCGGGAGAGGGAGCGAGACCGGGAGAGGGAGCGAGACCGGGAGAGGGAGCGAGAGAGAGAGAGAGAGCGGGAGCGAGAGAGAGAGCGGGAACGGGAAGAGGAGAAGAAGAGACACAGCUACUUUGAGAAACCCAAAGCUGAUGACGAGCCCCUGGAUAUUGACAAAGGGCCAGGCUCAGCCAAGGAGCUGAUUAAAUCCAUCAAUGAGAAGUUCGCUGGAGCAGCUGGCUGGGAGGGAGCAGAAUCAUUAAAGAAGCCUGAAGAUAAGAAGCAGUUGGGCGAUUUCUUUGGGAUGUCGAACAGCUACGCUGAGUGCUACCCUGCCACCAUGGACGACAUGGCUGUGGACAGUGAUGAAGAGGUGGACUACAGCAAAAUGGAUCAGGGUAACAAGAAGGGGCCUCUGGGCCGCUGGGACUUUGACACGCAGGAGGAGUACAGCGAGUAUAUGAACAACAAAGAGGCUCUGCCCAAAGCGGCUUUCCAGUACGGAAUCAAGAUGUCAGAGGGCCGUAAAACACGCCGUUUCAAGGAGACCAAUGACAAGGCCGAGCUGGACCGGCAGUGGAAGAAGAUCAGUGCGAUCAUUGAGAAAAGGAAGAAGUUGGAGGCUGACGGGGUGGAGGUGAAGAGACCGAAGUACUGACGUCCCAGCCAAAUUCCUGUCUCUCAUCCUUGGAGCCCUUGGGGCUUUGAUUUCUGGACACUUCGUUUCUAUUAAAAUUCUGCAGCUCUGAUUCCUGUCGCAGGCUCUGGCACAAAGCUGCUUUGCUCUCUGCUCUCAGGAAAGAACAGGGCUUGGGGGCGUACAUAUGCACUUUGGGGGAGAGCUCUCCUCUGUCUAGAGGAGCCUGGGGCCCCUGGACUGCUGGUGGCUGUGCAUCUAUACUGUGCCCCUUCUUCCAGAGUCUCUGCUGCUGCGUCAUGUGAUUUGUAAUCCUUGUCGAUGCAAUAAAAUUGUGCUUUGUGUGUCACUUUGGGCUUGGCCUGUUGGGUUGCAGCUGGAAUGGAUAGGAUGUGGGGGGGCUGCCUGUGGGAUGUUUGAAAGGCUUCUGCUUCCCUUUUCUCUCUCCUGUGGACAAUCACUGUGCAUCACCCCUUUCA